AUGUCCGAACCGGUGAUCUCGCGGGCGGUGCUGAACAGGCUGAAAGCCCCCAGCGAGUUGGCCUUUGCGGAGCGCAUUCUUGAAAUGGUUGCGUCAGCUGCUGAGCCUUUAGAGAUCGCAGCUUCUCUGGCUUGCAAUAUGACUGACACGAUGCCUGAAACUGCGAGCACUUCGGCCCGAGAGGCCUUCUUAGCAGCAGCUGCUAUGUCCGCCCCACGGGCUAAGUACGCCCAGGCAAGCCAUGAACUGGCGCGUUCUCUCCCUGUGUGCGUUAAUAAGAAAGCAGCAGUUGCUGCUCGCACCCUGCGAGACCUACGAUGUGAGUUCAAGCGCUUCAGUGACCUCCACGUAGAUGGACGCCUACUGCCCCUGUCGGUCUUCAUCGCGGCCCUCGAGCUACCGCCUUUCGAGCAGCUCCAACGCCGCAAAUUCCACUUCACGCCCGAAUUAGUACGCCUUAGAAAUGAAAUGAUCAAAGAAUAUCUCCGAAUAAAGCAGGCCAUAGUCCUGCAGCCACGCUGCGCUUCGGAGGGCCCGAUCAAAUGCAAUGCCCUUGGCCUCACAGACGGCGGCAGCAACAACGGCCUUUCCAAUAGGGUAACAGCAGCAAACAGAUUCUGGUGGGAGUCGAAGUUGUGCCAGCGGAGCUCCUUGGUCACUCGCUGGGAGGCGUUCGAGCGCCGUUGGCUUCAAGAGAAGGAUGGCCACGCCGUUAUAGCUCUACAGCCACUUGUAGGAGCAGUAUCUGCUGCGCAGGCCGUAUUGCAGAGCUGCAAGAAGCAGCUGGUGCUACCGGAGCCAUCAGCUUCAAUGCAACGCGUGUGCACCUACAGAGCCUUACAGGCAUUUUGCAGCAGCAUUUCUACCCUAGCGCGUGAGCUGCUGCCAGUAGAAUCCAGCUGUUUGUUCCUUGAGGCCAGCACGGUCAUCCUCGCUGCCUCCAUAGCUGAAGAGGCCGCACGCAGCGCCGCAGAGAGGGCCUUGGAAAGGCGUAGCCCGCAAGUGGACAGUAACUCGCUCCUUCAAAGCCAGUCUGUGAGCCACCAUGAGAGCUGA